AAAAUUUCCUUCCUUCUAUUCAUCAACCACCAACCCCAAAUCAACAACCCACGAUCACGGCCAUCGCCCAAUUCGACAACAAUGGCUGCCUCCACUAGCGUUCCCACCAAGGACCAGGUCCUAGUCCCCGAGACCCUUCUCAAGAAGCGCAAGAGCCAAGAGAAGGCUCGCGCUGAGAAGACUGCCGAGCUCGAGAAGCGCAAGAAGAUCAACAAGGACAAGCGCGCCGUCAUCUUCAAGCGUGCUGAGAAGUACGUCAAGGAAUACCGUGAUGCUGAGCGUGAGAAGGUUCGCUUGAACCGUCUUGCUAAGCAGGAGGGCAACUUCCACGUCCCCGCCGAAGAGAAGCUCAUCUUCGUUAUCCGAAUCAAGGGUAUCAACAAGAUCGCCCCCAAGCCCCGCAAGAUUCUCCAAUUGCUCCGUCUUCUCCAGAUCAACAACGGUGUCUUCGUCCGUGUUACCAAGGCUACCGCUGAGAUGAUCAAGAUCGUCGAGCCGUGGGUUGCCUACGGUUACCCCAACCUAAAGAGCGUCAAGGAGCUCAUCUACAAGCGUGGUUACGGAAAGGUCGACAAGCAACGUAUCCCUCUUACUGACAACGCUAUCAUCGAGGAGAACCUCGGCAAGUACGGUAUUGUCUGCAUUGAAGAUCUCGUUCACGAGAUCUUCACCGUCGGCCCCAACUUCAAGCAAGCCUCCAACUUCCUAUGGCCCUUCAAGCUCAGCAACCCCAACGGUGGUUUCCGACCCCGCAAAUUCAAGCACUUCAUCGAGGGUGGUGACCUUGGUAACCGGGAAGAGAAGAUCAACGCCCUCAUCCGACAAAUGAACUAAAUUCAAUGAUCAUGGGUUAAUGGGUCUGGUCUUUACGGGGUUUGCUUCUAUGCAUGGUUCACGGCGUUCAUAAAAGCUUCGGAUAGCAAUGAAUUGAGAAUUUGAUGAUAUGGCAACCCCAUACUUCGUAUAUAUCCUCCUUAUGAAUAUUGAUUAUGCCUCGUAUAUCUUCGGUAAUCGUCUUACUAAAUGUCGUCGUCACCAUUGCCAUCUCAUUCGUAGAGACUCUAUCCGUAAUAAAGGAAGUAAUUGUAAUCUCGUGAGGGUAGUGCGUUGAAGUAUCAUUCGACAAUUUCGAAUAGCUGGUUCAAGCCCAGAAGACAAG